CAAGAACUGCGCUCUAAUCGCGAUAGGGCUCCAUCAAAGUCAUGUACAUCCAUAGACUAUAAAAUGAAUGAAUUUGAACUAUUGGGAGUAUUUUCUCAUCUCUUAAAUGUCAAACAAACCUUAAGACUGGCUUACUUUGAAGCAUUACCGUGUGUCUUAAUUGUUUAUUAACGCCCUGCUAAACUUGUACGGAAACACGAGUCAUUUCUCGAGUACUGCGGACUAAACCCUGACUACAGGCAGGCGAGGUGCCUUUUAAAAUGGAAAUAGGAGCUGUCAGGAAAUCGGAAAAGACCUGUUACCACUCUCUCCUCCCACCCAUUGUUAGUUGCAGCUUUGUGAGACCCCAGCUGUGCGAGCAAUAUACAUCGAUCCUUCCCAAAACAUUGAUUAACAAUGCUGAGACUUGAGUGGCAAGUCGUCUGUUUAUUUUAUUUACUGAAAGCUGGUCCUUCCCUGCUGAUUUGGAUUGUAGUGGCGAGUAAAUUGCAAUUUGCAUUCUGCUUCUGGAGGAAUUUAAGAAAAGCACAGAAUAAGACACGAAUAGUAACGGCCCCCUUCUCCGUUUAAAGCAUCACUUCUUGAGCUGCAUUUUAAAGCGUCUCACACAAACCCGCCGACAGGCUGUUUCUAGGAAACCAACGGAAGCAGCUCUGCGUCGCUGCUCACUGGAGGCGAAUGGGAAUGUGCUGAGAAUCAGGAUCAAACUGGUGCAUGAAUAAAACGGGAGGGGAAAGAUGUGUAAAAUGCCCCAGUAAAACGGACUUAACGAAGGAGAAAAACGGUUGUUUUUAUACAAUUUAUUCACGGCACCUGAACGAUGGCUGACUGUCUUUUCCGUGUUGAUCAAGAUUAGUUCAGCACAGCACUCUGUUUUCGAGUUUAAGGGCAAAGAUAAAUUUACUACAACGAGUGUGGUUUAAACGUAAGGGUACGCAACACUGCACCUGUCUCCUUUAAGGGCGCGCAGGUGAUGCGAAAUAAAAUAAAAUGGGUUUGAUCGGGUUGUUGAGGGCUAUCUUAGCCCCUCCUCUUAAGUGUUUCCCACUAACAAACCACCGGGAGUGAGCGAGCGAGCUCGACAGAAAACCAGAGAUGGGGGUGAUGUUUGCAAAUGGUUUCACGCUCCACGCACGCACAACAUACCCGUCUUAGGCGUAGUGCAGAAAUAUCUGUGAAGUGAAAAAUAAUGGCACAAUUAUAAACUGUAGAAACUGGAUGUUUAUGAAGGUGAUCGAUUCGGGACCAACAGAAACACCUCUGUGCGUGAGGCUGACAGCCACAAUAGUGCCUUAACGCUACUAUAACAUAAAGCAAAGGAAUGCAGAAAGACUGGCUCGGAGUUGCAGACAGUUUGUGUCCCUCCUGAAGAGGAAAAGGGAAACAGAGAGAGAGUGCGCGAGAUCCACAGAGGAGCGAGCGAGCUAGGAGAGAGAGAGAGAGAGAGGGAGAAAGAAUAAUCACGUGUGCGUUGCUGCAAUCAACAUUUGCUGGAAACACAGUGAGAAUUAUUUCCAACACAGAGCGCUCGCAGAAGUCGCGGACGAGAACCAAGUGGACCAUUGCUAUAGGCGCCUUUCUGGAUUUUUUUUUAAGGAAUAAUAGACACCAAUGACUGUGAGGGGGUUUCUGGAUUUUGUAUUCGUGAAGGAUUGUGUUUGAAUAAAUUCUGGAUUUUUGGGGUUUGUUUUGUUUAACGUGGGAGUUUUGUGGACUGCAGUGCCUGCGUUCGGGAGCAGAGUGAACGCCGCUCCUAAGCCGGAAAGAGCGUACCAAACCGGCUUAGAUGAGCAAUACAAUAAGACUGCCAGUGGUUUGUCGACUUUUAAAAAUGGGGUUGUCAUCUAAAUCUAUGUUAUUGUUGACCAUCCUACUGGUAUCCUGUGCCAGAACUUUGGGUAGGAUCCUCUACAAAGUUCCAGAAGAACAACCACCUAAUACACUGAUAGGGAGCCUUGCAUCAGACCAAGGUCUUCCAGAUUCUGGACACCUUUACAAGCUUGAAGUGGGUGCGCCCUACCUCCGAGUGGAUGGGAAAACAGGAGACAUUUUUACCACAGAGACACCGAUUGACCGGGAAACACUGAAGGAGUGUCAAAACAUUUUCAAGGGAGAUCCUUGCAUUCUUGAGUUUGAGGUAUCCAUAACAGACCUUAACCAAAAUCAGAGUCCACGACUGAUUGAAGGCAAGAUUGAAGUAUUAGACAUUAAUGACAAUACACCACAGUUUCCUUCCCCAAUUUUAACUCUCUCCAUUCCUGAAAAUACACACUUAGGGGCCCUGUUUUCAAUCUCUAUGGCAACUGAUAAGGAUUCUGGGCGUAAUGGGGUAGCCAACUAUGAGCUGACCCCUGGUACUGAAGGACAGGGACUCUUUGGACUACAAGUGGCAGAGGAACAAGAGGAGAAGCAACCACAGUUAAUUGUAAUGGGAAACCUGGAUAGAGAGGUUAAGGAUUCCUAUGACCUGAACAUCAAGGUGGAAGAUGGUGGAAAUCCCCCACGAUACAGCAGUGCCCUCUUAAGGAUCAGCAUUCUUGAUGCCAAUGAUAACACUCCGAAAUUUGAAAAGUCUCAAUAUGAGGCUGAGUUGUCUGAAAAUAGUGCUGUGGGACACUCUGUACUCCAGGUGAGAGCUAAUGAUUCUGAUAUGGGUCCAAAUAGUGAGAUUGAAUAUACAUUUCACCAGCCCUCGGAUGUUGUUCAGCGAUUACUGAGACUUGAUCAUUCUACUGGUGUGAUCUCCGUGAAAGGACUAGUUGAUCGGGAAGAAAUCACUCUUCUUCGAUUUUAUGUUACUGCAAGAGAUAAAGGCCCUACGCCACGAAGUUCUAAAGUUUUAGUAACAAUCACUGUUAAGGACUAUAAUGAUAAUGCACCCACUAUUGAGAUACGUGGAAUUGGUCUGGUAACUCAUCAAGGAGGCAUUGCAAACAUUUCCGAAGACACGCCUAUUGGUACACCAGUAGCUUUGGUUCAGGUUUCGGAUCGUGAUGAAGGAGAAAAUGCAGUAGUCACUUGUGUAGUGGCUGGAGAUGUACCUUUCCAGUUAAAACCUGCCAGCGAAUCUCCAAAUGACAAGAAAAAGAAGUAUUUUCUACAGACAACAACACCACUUGAUUAUGAAAUGGUCAAAGACUACCGAAUAGAAAUAGUUGCUGUAGAUUCAGGAAACCCUGCUCUGUCCAGCACUAACUCUUUAAAAGUCCAAGUUGUAGAUGUUAAUGACAAUGCUCCAGUUUUUUCUCCUAAUCUAUUUGAAGUUGACUUUCAUGAAAACAACCAACCUGGAGACAGAGUUUUAGAUGUAGUAGCUACUGACGCAGAUAGUGGGACAAAUGCUGAACUAGUGUAUUCAGUCAUCUUGGAUCCUGCAACCAAAGGUCUUUUUGAUAUCAACCAAAACACUGGAGAAGUCCGAGUAAGAAGUGAGUUAGACAGAGAACAUCGAGAGCGCUAUGAAUUUCUUGUAGCAGCUGCUGACAAAGGGUCUCCUAGCCUAAGAGGCACUGCUACUGUUGUGGUGAAAGUUUUGGACCGCAAUGACAAUGAUCCAAAGUUUAUGCUCAGUGGUUACAGCUUCUCUGUUUUGGAAAACAUGCCUUCUUUAAGCCCGGUUGGCAUGGUAACUGUUAUAGAUGCAGACAAGGGAGAAAAUGCACGAGUGAGGCUUUCGGUGGAACCAGAUAAUGGCAAGUUUGUUAUCCAAAAUGGAACAGGCACAAUCCUUUCUAGCAUUUCCUUUGACCGUGAAAAAGAGAGCACAUAUACUUUUCGACUCAAAGCAGUUGAUGGAGGUGAUCCUCCGAGGUCUUCAUAUGUUGGAGUUACUAUAAAUGUUCUGGAUGAAAAUGACAAUGCUCCAUACAUUACACAUCCUUCAAACUCCUCCUACACACUUCUUAAACCUGUCUCUAGCCCAGACACCCGUGUGGAAAAAGUGGAGGCUGAAGACCUAGACACUGGUCCCAAUAAAGAGCUAAUUUAUAGUAUUACAGGUGGAAAUCCACAUGAACUUUUUCGUAUCUCUUCAUCUGAUGGGGAGAUCACUUUAGCUAAAGAAAUUCUCCGGAAACACAUUGGACUCCAUCGACUGGUGGUAAAAGUUAGUGACAAAGGAAAACCACCAAGAUAUGCUACAGCUUUGGUUCACAUAUAUAUUAAUGAAACCAUUAAUAAUAUCACCCAGGUAGAAGCACUUGUGGGACAUAGUUUAUAUACUCCAUUAGACACAGACAUUGCUGGGGAUCCUGAUUAUAUUCGUUCCACCCAGAGGAGCAACAUUCUUUAUGGGAGCCUUGCAGGUAUUGCUGGAGUAAUUGUUGUUAUUGUGGUUGUGAUGGUCAUUCGUUAUUACCUGCUGAAGGAAGCAAAGAGUGGUUACCAGGCAGGGAAGAAGGAAACAAAAGACUUGUAUGCUCCAAAGCAAGGACCUAAAAGUAACAAAGGUAAAAAGGGUAAAAAAGGGAAAGCUCCCAAACCAGCAAAAUCCUUAGAGGAAGAUGAAGAAGCUAGUCUUCAGAAAAGCUUGAAGUUUAACCUCAUUAAUGAUACAGUUAAUGACAGCCCCAGAAUUCACUUACCUUUGAACUAUCAACCUGGCAGUCCUGAUUUGGGUCGGCAUUAUCGCUCUAAUUCUCCCUUGCCCUCUAUACAACUUCAACCCCAGUCUCCUUCUGCCUCUAAGAAGCACCAGGUUGUGCAAGACCUCCCAGCAGCCAACACAUUUGUUGGGACAGGUGAUAACAACUCAACAGGGUCUGACCAAUAUUCGGAUUACAGCUACAAGGCUAAUCCACCAAAAUACAGCAACAAACAGCUACCACAUAGAAGAGUGACAUUCUCCACAGCCAAUCAGUCUCAAGACCUGCAGGACCCUUCGCAGCACAGCUACUAUGACAGUGGACUGGAAGAAUCAGAAACUCCCAGCAGUAAGUCUUCUUUAGGCCCACGGAUUGGACCAUUGGCCCUUCCAGAGGAUCACUAUGAACGCACCACCCCAGAUGGUAGCAUUGGUGAAAUGGAACAUCCAGAAAAUGACUUAAGACCGCUGCCAGAUGUUGCCAUGACUGGGAACUGUACUAGGGAAUGCACUGAAUUUGGACAUUCUGAUGCCUGUUGGAUGCCAGGACAGCCUUCCCCAAAUCGCAAGACCAAGACCACCCCCAAACUCUCUACCUUUGUGCCUUACCAAGAGAGGGGGAGUCAAGACCGGCUGAGCAAUGGAAGCCCACGGCUUAUGGAAGAGCGCAAUGCUAAGGUUACUAAUCUUCGCUUCCUACCCCCAUACAGUGCCUUCUCUAGUACUAGCCAUGAGCCUGGCAAGGACUCCCCAAUGGAAGAAAUCCCUCUCACACAAGCCUCUGAAUUUCAACAGGCUACUACUCCUUCAGCCCAAAACUCCAAGCGAGAGAUUUACCUGUGAAGAAAUAUUUUUUUCUGUGCCUGCCAGUCACAAUAUAAUGAUCAUUUUAAAAUGGCUAUAGAAUCCAAAAAAGGAGCUAGCGGAAAAUCAGAUGUAGGAAUGUAUGCAGAGCCCUAAUUCAAUUUUUACAUGAUUUACGGGAAUAAAAAAUUAACAUGGGAAAUUUUUACUUUUUUUUUUUGUAAGAGCAGGACACUAUCAGUGCAGUGAGGAUUAUCUACAAGUUUUUGUUUUCUGUCUUGCUGCUUGGUUUUCUUGACUGUGGACCUGUCAUUUCUUCGACAAGUUCGAGAAAUUCCAAAGGUGCAAUCUGUGUUGUUUUACUAUCACCCUGAUUUCAUACAAAUAAAUCAUUUUGCCUAACAACAAGUCUUUUGAGCAGCAGGAAAUGGUAAUGAUAGGAUUUUAAAACUGUACAGUGCUGUAAAUACAAUCUGGAUGGUGUGCACACAUCCAGUUACUUUUUUUUUUUCCUCUUAUGCUGUAAAGAGCUUCAAAGUUCUAGUUUUUAUUUGUGUUACAGCUCAAUUAAAUUAAAAUUACUAUUUGUUACCCUCACCCAUGUACAUAGAGGAACUUACUUCACAAAGAAAAAGUUGUUCACAUAAUAAGAGAGAAACAAAUUCAGGCAGUUGACUGUAUUGCAUUCAUUUAAAAUUAUUUCAAAAUGUGGGAAAGGAGCUGCUGUCACCUUGUGAUCUUUGCCCUCUACUCUGUUCAAGUAUUCUCUGUUGGAAAAGAUGGACUUCGCGUGAGGAUGUGUUUUAUAAAUAUUGAAUGAAAAAAGGGUCUGUUCAGGUACUUAUGUGUCAGCACUGACUUAAUAUUUGUUUGCUUCUUUCUAUUAUUUCUUAUUCAAGUUGGCAAAUGUAUGGAGCCAAUAAUAAGAACGAGAGGUACUGCAUUGUGUUUUAAUAUAAUUUGGAGUUUCCUGUAUCAUUCUCCAUUUUGUCUUUAAACUUGGCCUUUCUUCAGAUCUAUGCUUUAAUUACAUACAAAAAUAUCAACACCUUGGUGAACUACUACCUUGUUUUUAAACAUCAACCAGUGAUUGAUUAGCAAAGUACCCAAAAAUAAUCCAAACAAGUCCAUUUAUGUAUGGUGUAAAAUGGUGCAUUUCCCUGCAUGCUGCUUUCGAAUGAAGACUUUACAUUACUGUAUUAACACCAUUCUUUCUCUGUGUUUCUCUAAAUCAGGGAGAGGGCUUUUCAGUUGGAGAAUUCAAACAGUGCAAUUUGCCAAAAUUUUAACUGUAUCUCGAGACAAAUCACCUAUACAGCACUUCUGUUUACUGGUGGGGCACAAAUGUUGCUGCUGUGGUACCCGAGGCCAGGACGGGGUGGGAGGGUAAAUAGUGAGGUUUACAAAUUCUCUUUUAAGUAACUACAUGUAUGGAUAGGGCCUGGUAUUAUUCAAAAGCACGGUCAUGAACGUGUGUGGUGGAGAUAGUAUGUACAAUUAAUAUGUUGUUCUCACUUUUAUGUCUUCUAUAUCAAUUAUUUUGGAGAUAAUAUUUGUAAAUACGGUUGUAAUGUUAAAACGACUUAUUUUAGAUAAAAACAAGAAACAGUGCACUUACUACUGUAUCCCAACGGUGUUGCCACUAUUGCUCGAUCUCAAGAUCCGGAAAACUGCAUUGUCAUAUAAUUUCCAUUUGAAACAAGUUUCAGGUCCAGUUUCCGUUUCCAAUAUAACAACAGAGUUAAAACUGAGUAGUAAAAAAUAAUGAAUAUAUAACAGGUUUUCAGAAAGAAUAUCAUAUAACCUAUUCAAAUAUAGGAAAAGUGAUGAGGCAGGGCAGAAUUUGUAAGAAAGGACGAAAACAAAGAAAAGGUGUUGCGUAAAUCACUUUCUGACAUGAUACUUGUAAUAGGAAACAUGUUAAGACUGUUGUCAGCAUUAGUUGCAAAAAAUAACUCACUUGAAUGAUUUAUCGCAAAAUCUGUUUCAUCUUUAAAUUAUCUUCUUUAUCUGCCAGAAAGACAAUCAAUUUAGAUAAGCCAAUUAAAUGUCCAGGCAUGGAUAUAAAAAAGCACAUCCCCACACUUUUUUCAGCCACUUACAGGCUUGUUAAAAAAAAAAAACAACACCCUUACUGUAAAGUAGUUUAACACUGUCUAUGUUCAACACUACUGAACAGUAUUUAGGACGCUUCUCAGUUGAGCCAUGGUGCUUGUGGUUUUCAGUCUCUGCUUCAAGAGUAUUAACUGACUGAAAUUGGUUAACCGAUCGAUCUCCUUUUAUUUCAAUCCAAUGUGACAAUACCAGCCUAUUGGAGGAAAAACCGAUGAAUUAUUGAAUGCACACGCUGUAUAUCCUCUACCCACACCACACUUCAUUCCUUUACAAACUUUUUACAAACUUUUAGUGAAGUAUAGAAUGGGUUUUCUACUGGACAAAGAAUUGCUUAGACAGCAUGUCUGCUAUGGUGUUGAAAAUCAUUUUGUAAAAUGCUGGUUUCUAUUUCAUUAGAAUUAUCCACAAAUAGGCAUAUUUUAGGGGCAGGGGAUGUAUGAGUCAGCCAGACUACAAUAUCCAAAACUGAACAGCUUUUCCAAAAUGUUGUGCCAUUUUUUAAAUAACAGAUUAGAAUUUUUAUAAGAGUGAUUUAGAUGCAAUCAGAUUAAAAGUGGUUUGUGAUUUGCUUGUGAUCUUGUCUGUGCUGUCUUUAGUGCUCUGUUUUCACAGUGUGUGUGUGUGGGGGGGGCACGUGCUGAUCAUUCACUUUAUACUGAAACUAAUAACAAGCAACCGACAAAACAAAGUAAACCGGUAACAGCAGGUUGUGACGUACAUGAGGAGAGAACGGUAGCUCCUGAUUCUUCGUACCACAGAGAAAUAUACAUAAAAUAUGCUUUAAAUUGGGUAAAAACAACACUGCUUUCAAAAGACAAACCUGGCUAAAUACUUAAAUGAUCUAUUUAGACACAGUUAAAGGCAUGUAAAGGACAAAUCCUUGAUUUGUGCAAAGAGAAUAUUUUAUUUUUUUAAAUAUAUAUAAACUGAUAUCAGUAACUGCUUUGUUUUUCAUUUUUAUUGUUAGUAUUUUUGGAUUAGCUUUUAGUCCCACUUGUAAUAUUCUUUGAUUUUUUUUUUUUUUAUAUUAUUACAUCCCAGGGUUGCUUUGUAAAUGAUGAUGUUUUUCAGAAAUGAUACCGGUGUCUUUAUUUGACAUUGAUGCACCUUGAUAGAUCUGUCACCUCAACAUUAAACAAUUUCCUUUUGCAUGAAAAUAUUCUGUAAUUUGUCCUCUUCAGCAUUUAUAGAAGACAUGACAGCAGAUGGCUCUGUACCAUACUUAAUUAAAAAAUGCAAAAAUUUAAAUGCUCAUUUGGUUGUUUUUUCUCACUCAUUUACCUUGCUGAAAUAAACAACUUUAUUUGAAAAAAAUUUUUUAGCCUUUAUCUGAAAAACACUUUACCUCUAAAUGUUCCAGUCUUACAUCCUACAAAAAUAAGAUGUACUGUUAGAUAAAACUGAGUGAAUGAAUCGUAGCUGGAGACAACGGGUGCUGGACUCUAGUUUCCCUGUGCUAUGCCCCCUCACUCCUCCACUGUUAUCUUUUACCAUGGGGCACAUUUCUUAUAAUAACGCUAUAAUACAUACACAUUGGGGUUUACGAUUAAUACAUAGAAAUCAAACUUUCCUUACAAAUAAGAGGUAAUACAAAUACUGAAUAUAGUACCUAACAAUAGUAUACCAUUAGAAUAAGGCAGGGACAGACUAGGUACAGUAAAGUAAUCCUGGCCUUUGUUAUUAGUGAGACAGCUGGUAUGUCUCUAGUAAAACAAAAUAUCAGUUAAUAAAACUCAGUAAUGCAUUUACAUAAAUGAUAGCUCUAUUUCUUGAAAUAUUCCUAACAUAUAUAGAUAAAAAACAGCUUUGUUGUUUAGAAGAACCAACAAGUGCCAGAUGCUACAGGUUUUCUCAGCUAACUAAUACAUCAUUUUGGUAGUCGUGUGUCAUUUUUUACAGCAUGUUCAUAUGCAUUGUGACUAUGUCUUUGGUGUGGGACAAAUUACUAAUUUUUGUGGGAUUUGUAUGAAGAAAAAAAAAUUUUAAGAAAAUGUUCUAAUUAAAACAUCAUAACUGUUGAUAUUUUUAAGUAUAUACACUUCCUAUCAUGCACAUUUUAGCAAUUUCUGUGUUGGAGAAAAAUACAUCAAGCAAGGUCUUUAUAGGCGCACAUUUUUAGCAUAUUGUACCUGUUUUAUCUUUGUAUCUUGUCUUGUUUAAAGAGACAUAAAUUACAUAUGGUAAGGGAAUGCCUCCAUUUUCCUAAUCGUGAUUGGGCAUGUUUGGCUUAAAGCAAACCUCCGAAUUUUCUACAACAGUUUCAGCUAAAUUGACUUUCUACGUAAACAGUUGUUAUGUUCUCGUUGUGUUCGUUUAUUUCUGCCACAUACCAGGUGUUGAGUGUGGGUCCCUGGCUCAUGAAUAGAAGAAAAAAUAACAUAGUUACUAGACUUUAAUAACGCUGGCAGUAAUAUCCUGAGCUGCAGUCUGAGCCAAAGUUCUUCCGAGCUCACAUAUGCCUAAAAUGGGGAAGAAAUCUCAGGUACAGAAUGAUGUAGUUUACAUGUAUAUUAAAUUCACACCAGAAAGCAGAAAACAUACUGUUAUAUUUCAUCUGCAGUAUAUGGAAGGAGCCUGUAAAAAGCUUCUUAGUCCAUUAUUUGUAUAUAAAAUAGACUCCCAUCCAAGUUCUGUCUGACCACAGAGAUCUAAAUUAUGAAACCAAGAGGAGAAUAAUUUCCAAAACAAAAAAAAAUACUGAAGGUCACAUUUUUUAAAGAGUCUGGCUUGAGAGUUUAGAAAUACAGCAACUUGAUUGCGUACAAAUAAACCUUUUCUCAUUUCCAUCCCAUUGUGCAAAAGCUUCUUUAGCAUGAACAAAAGUAAAUUUUAUUUUUGUUUUGUUGGUUUCUUUAUUGUCAAAAAUGAUGCUGUUAUAUGCAUAUACGUGUAAACCUGUCCUUUUUUCACAUAGAUAAAAUGGUUCUGGGUUUGUAAAUUAAAAAAUCUGCAUAAAAAGGCAGUCAGUUUUUUUUUUCCCCCUAAAAUUAGUUUAACACUGAGCAGGUGAAUAUUUUAUGUACAGUAUUUUUAAAAGUGCUCAAUGUAUGUGUAUGUAAAUGUACACACCGACAGAUACUCAAUACCUACCCUUUCUGGUGAUACAGGAUUUGUGUGUGAGCAUACCUAUACUGUAAAACAUAAUGGAAAUAACCUAGUGGAGAUAACAUGCAAAAAGUGUUCUUCGGCUUGCACAUGAAAUAAAGCAUGUUUUAAACAUCCGAAAAGGGCUAAACUAAGCCAAAUUUAGUUAGUCAAUCUACAUGUAUUUGCAAAAUGAAAUAUCAUUUUGAGGACAAUAAAGAUCUUGGAACACUUGUUCAGCAUGCUUUUAAAUAUACAGUAUGCCCUUGUAAAAAAUAUGAAGAUAUACAAAAAUUCAAGCUCAGGAGUGUUAUUUUAUUUUGUUACUUAAGUGUAUUGCGUUCAUUUUGCUUGGCUACAAAAAUAAAACGUUUAUUUUUCUUUCUUAUACCACUUCUUGAGUUGUCUGUUGCAUCAAAGUAGUUAUUUAGCACCAUCUGGAAGAUUAUUUAACUUAGAACUACAUUAUAAUUAUUAAAGAAUGGAACAAUAUUU